CAGGGUGGCAGGAACCUAGGACAGGACAGGAAGACUUGCUCGCCAAGGGGAGAGCACUGAACCUGGACCUCCAAGGCCACAGAGGCCUGUGCUGAUUCUGGCCUCAGUCGGCCCUGGCCCUUACCCUGGCUCCCUGCCUUCCUAUGCCUGGCAUGCCAGAGAGAGAAUAAGAGGCCAGCCAAUUGCUGAGUCCCGAGGCCCAAGGCCACACCCCUAGCCACCAUGACCUGGAGGGUAUAAAUACACCUGCCUGGGCGUGCACACCCUGAGAACUCACACCUGUCUCAGAUAGCGAGCUCUACACCCGGAAGAACGAGCCCAUCCCACCUAUACAGAGCAGAGUGUGGCAGCCAGACCAGUGCUACAGGACAGCUGUUGGCUACUGGCCCAUGUUGGAACACCUGCUAGGUGGAACAUAGGCCACAUCGGACCCAGAGAAGAGGAAGAGAACACUCCAGAAGCCAGGGAACCCUACUGUGGCUGACAGAGGACCAUGCCUAGGAGCUACUGACCCUUGGCACCAGCUCAGAGCCAUGUCAUCAGGCCAGCAGGUAUGGCACACAGCUGUGCCGCCCCCCUGCCGGAGCAGCUCCACAGCCACAGUACCCGGGUCCCCUGGUCCUGCCUGCAGUCCUAGAUCUCCUAGCACACCAGGCUCAGAGAGGGUAGCCUCCCCCCUGGAGUGCUCCAUCUGCUUCUCAGGCUACGACAACAUCUUUAAGACACCCAAGGAGCUCUCCUGCACCCAUGUCUUCUGCCUGGAAUGUCUGGCCCGGUUGGCAGCUGCUCAGCCUACGGGCCGCCCUGGCAGCGAAGCUGUGCCCUGCCCAUUUUGCCGGCAGCCCACAGCUAUCCCAGAUGCUGGGGCUCCUGCGCUGCGCACCAGCCGCCAGCUGCAAGCCAAGAUGCCUGCACACCUGCGGCGGGAAGAGCCUGUGUGGCUUGAGGGAACCAAGUUGUGUUACCGUCCCCUGCCUGCCACGCCCAGCUCUGAGACGUCAGGCUUCGUGUGUGUGGAUGUGAGCCUGAGCAAGCCCCCUGAGACCACCCCUCCCAUGCCUGUCCCUGAGCCUGCCCCCCGCCAGGGCCGCUGGGCACGCUGCUGGGCGCGCUGUGGGGACUGGCGCCGUGUGGCUCUGGUCUCUGCACUGUUGCUAGUGCUCUUCUGUGUAGUGCUCUGGCCUGUGCAGUGUGCACUCAAGACUGGGAACUUGCACUGCCUCCCCCGGCCACCGACAGCCACCACCACAGCUGCUGCCAUUGCUGAUGCCUUCUCUCCUGGGCCCCUGACCAGCAACUAGGGUCAUUGGCCUGGGCCAGACCAGGUCAGCCCCCCUACCCCAGGUCCAUGGUGGGUCCCUGACCAAUUCAUGUCAAGGACACAACACUCCUGGAAGUUGGUUCUCCAGAAUGGCUGGAGGACCCAUUUGGGCCCCUCACUCUUUGGGGCUGGGUACCAAUGAGAUGGACAAAAUGAUCCCCAGUGCCCGCAAGAGCCACAUUUAUGGCUUCUGCAGGACCCAGAGAGCACCCAUUCACCUUCAUCCCACAGUUGGGGAAAGGGGCCCAGGAGCCCUGACAUCCUACUCUUCUGAGCACACUGAAAUGCCGAGAAGGGAUGGGCUUGCCAUCCCUCUUCCCACAUGACAUUUCAUCAGGGUCCUUCUCCAGGAAGGGCUGGACCCUUCCACAGGGUGGGGAAGCUGAACUUGCUCUCUGAACAGAGUCAGAGUGCAGGGGAAGGACCCACCCUGUUUCUAGGCUACUGCAGACUUCCCAGCCAUCCUACUUUGGCAAAUGGUACAUUUUAAAGUAUUUUUUUAAUUGGUUUUUAUCAGUUGCAUGGGGGAGGGGGUGCUGUUACAUCUUCAUACAUGUUAAUGCUGUAUUCCUAUCAGUAUCACCCCCUUCAUCCUACUCCAUGUACCCUUCCCUCUGUGUAAUUGUGUCCUCAACAGACUUCCGUGUUCCAUUUUCUUAGUUGAGAAUAUUCUAUUUUGACAGUACUCAGUCUAAAAUAAAGUAUUUUGUAUUUAUCACA